GUUGUGUUUAAAUUUAAAUGUUAAGUGAACUUUUACUUAGGUUUAAAUUCAUCAACAAGUCUUUCAUUCUCUUCCUCUUUUGUGACCAAGGAUUCUCUGACUCAUGCUUUACUGGAUCAGCCUUUGAAGCUACGGAAUUUGAAUUUUCAAUUGGAAACAAACUUCUUGCAGCUAAGUAUCUGAGGAUAAAAAAAAAAAAAAGACUUAAUCUCCUUUCUUGGUGUUUCGCUUAUUUGUUUUCUCAGCUUAAAAUUUUUAAUACUUGUUUUAGUUAACAGAAAUUUCUUUUUAAUUAUUUUUAUCCACUCAUGUUGGUGGUCUACAAUUGGUGAAUAUUUGAUGAAAUGGGUCGAUGAGAUGCUACAUUAGCGACACGGUUAUCUCCUUAUUACUUUUCUCUGUUAAAUGUUUGAAGAACUGAUUUAAUUGAGGGCUUGAACAGUAAAGCUCUAUUUUGGCUGUAUGGUUCUAUUUAUUUGUUGAUUUGGCCAUUAUAUGUAAUUGGAAAUGUGAUGAACUGUGUCCUUGCAUGUUUUCCCCAGGUUCAUCAUGGUGGAGCUGGAACUACUGCAGCUGGUCUCAAAGCUGCGUGUCCAACAACCAUUGUACCUUUCUUCGGAGACCAGCCUUUCUGGGGCGAGAGAGUGCAUUCCAGAGGAGUAGGUCCUGCACCCAUUCCUGUUGAGGAGUUCUCACUUGAGAAGCUGGUUGCUGCAAUAAAAUUUAUGCUGGAUCCUGAGGUGAAAAGACGUGCUGUGGAGUUAGCAGAGGCGAUGGCAGGUGAGGAUGGAGUAGCAGGUGCAGUAAAUGCCUUCUAUAAACAAUUUCCUGGCAAAAAGUCCAAGGAUGAAAGCAAGGCAGCCCCAACUCCUUCAGGAGUAUUUUCUAUAAGACGUUGUUUUGGUCGCACAUAACGUAAUCUUCAAGCUUCUUCUUCAGCAGUUUGCACUUCCUUUAAUGGAGUGAAUGAUUUCUUUUGUUGCAGAAUUGCAUUGCAUCUUUGGUCUUUCCUUCCUUGGAUGAUUUGCAAAUUACAAGCUUUUUCUGUCAUUGCUCUAGACCGGUCAAAUGCUUAGCCGGUAGUAACCUCUCGAGGGUGAAAAUGCAUGCAAUGAGGGUAUUUACGAAUGUGAAAAAGUUUCCUUCCAAUCCAAAUUUAUUUGAAUAAGAAUGUUAUUUUACAUGAUGA